UCAAUUUGUGAUAUCCGUUACAACCUGUUGUUACGUUGCCGGUGCUUGUGGGAUUGAGAACUAUUAUAGUUAAUAAUUGAAAUUAUUUUUAUACAUAUUUAGAGUUCUAUUUAAUCCUGAGAAAAUGAUGCGAACAAACAUACUACAGAAAAAUGUACUUCGGAAAGCUGUUCGAUUCAGUAGUACCAUUUACAAUGUGCCAAUGUAUAUAGAUGGCAAAUUUGUAGACUCAAAAACAAAUGACUGGAUUGAUGUCCACAAUCCUGCUACUAACGAAAUAGUUUCAAGAGUACCUAAAUGUACUCAAGAUGAAAUGGAACACGCAGUGGAGUCAUCUAAAGCAGCUUUCAAGUUAUGGUCAAAAACUUCAGUGAUGAGAAGGCAACAAAUUAUGUUUCGUUAUCAGGAAAUUAUCAAAACUAAUAUGAAAAAUUUAGCAGAAAACAUCACCAAAGAACAAGGGAAAACGUUAAUUGAUGCCGAGGGUGAUGUUACACGUGGACUUCAGGUCGUUGAAAACUGUUGUAACUUCACUAGUUCCAUCAUGGGUGAAUCUCUCCCUCUAGUGGCUACCGACAUGGACAUACAUUCGUAUCGCGAACCACUCGGAGUUACAGCUGGUAUUGCGCCGUUUAAUUUUCCUGCCAUGAUACCUCUAUGGAUGUUCCCCGUUUCUAUAUCUUGUGGAAACACUUUUGUUAUUAAACCAUCCGAAAGAGUUCCUGGAAAUUGCAUGAUGCUCGUCGAAAUGUUAACCGAAGCGGGCUGCCCACCCGGCGUGGUAAACGUUAUUCACGGCAGUGUCGACACAGUCAAUUUCAUUUGCGAUGCUCCAGCUAUUAAAGCAAUUUCAUUUGUCGGAGCCAAUCCUGCUGGCGAACAUAUAUUCAGCCGUGGUUCGAAGAAUGGCAAACGAGUACAGAGCAACAUGGGUGCAAAAAAUCACGGUGUCAUUAUGUCCGACGCAAACAAAACUAGUAUGCUCAAUUCCUUGGUCGGUGCUGCUUUCGGAGCAGCCGGACAAAGGUGCAUGGCAUUAAGCACUGCAGUAUUUGUGGGUGAAGCUAAAAAUUGGCUUCCAGAAUUAAAGGAACGGGCUGAAGCUCUAAAAGUCAAUGCUGGUCAUGUUCCUAAUACUGAUAUUGGCCCUGUCAUAUCGCCUGCAGCCAAAAAGAAAAUCCAUGACCUCAUCCAAUCUGGUGUCGACGAAGGAGCGAAAUUACUUUUGGACGGUAGAAACGUUAGUGUUCCGGGUUACGAAAAUGGAAACUUUGUUGGCCCAACGAUUCUCACCAAUGUCAAGCCCCAUAUGAAAUGUUAUACGGAAGAAAUUUUCGGACCAGUAUUGGUGUGCUUAACUGCCGAUACUCUGGAUGAAGCUUUAGACAUAAUUAACUCGAAUCCAUAUGGUAAUGGAACAGCUAUUUUCACCACCAACGGGGCGACAGCAAGAAAGUUCACCCAUGAAGUGCAAUGUGGAAACGUUGGGGUCAAUGUUCCAAUUCCAGUGCCGCUACCAAUGUUUUCAUUUACCGGAACGAGAGCCUCAUUUUUAGGACAAAAUCAUUUUUACGGAAAACAGGGCUAUCAUUUCUUUACGGAAUUAAAGACUGUUACACAGCUUUGGAAAGAAUCAGACGCUACCGAUACUAAAGCGGCUGUUUCAAUGCCUGUGAUGAACUAGACAAAUUAGCAAAUGUUGUUUCUUGUUUUCAAAAAUGUAUCUUUAUACUUAUGCACCAUGAAUAUGUUCACCUAAUAUUCUAAUUGCAUUUUUGAUUUUGUUGUUUUAAUUUAAUAUUACAUAGUUAUAAUUUUUGUUUAAAUAUCCGAA